UAUAUAUAUGUAUAUAUAUAUAUGUAUAUAUGUAUGUAUAUGUAUUUGGUGAGCUUCGCGUUGUUGGGACUUGGGAAGUGUAAGAAAAUGAGUGAUUUAAUUCUUGCACCUCUCCUGAUUCGACACAAGGGGGUGUCGUUACCUCGCCGCUCGACUACAACGGCAAAUAAAAGCGGGUCCUAUGCGGAUGGUAGGCGAUUGGAUUUUUGCUCAUUAUCUGUUACUUUUGUUUUCAUAGAUUUUUGGGGGAGGUUGAUUGCUGAACAAUUGUGUGCCUUGAAUCUGUUGUUUUAUUUUAGGGGGUAAUAUAUUGCAAAUUAAGGGCAAAUAACGAGGUUUACAGCACUAAAAGAGUUGAGAUUACCAUCCCAAAGCCUUCAAACAUCCUAAAGUGCUUUAUCCAUCGAUUCCAUGUCUCCCACCUUGCCUUCCCUCCCUCUCCUUGCAGUCCGUUCACAUCCCUCCCUCUGUCUGCAGGCAUGCUCACCCCCUUUUUUCCCCUCCUCUACGCACAAACACGCCAGAGGAGUCAGCUAGGCUGUUCGACAAGAAGAAGAGGAGGAGAAGGAGGAGGAGAGACAAUACCCCGUCCGCAGCGUGGAGUAGAGCGUGGUGGUGUCGUCAUGGAUGUUUAGUUAGGCGGAACGCAGGAAAGGCAAGUGUGCAGGUGGAAAGCGGUCCGUGAACGCAUCUGGAAGUUGCCAUUGUAUUUUUAAUGUUGCCCACCGAGAUACCUGGAGUGUGUUUCACCUCAAGCGACCACACUGAGGCAAGGAGAGAAGGCAUGAAAACGGAGGAGAGCCAACAGUCGUGUCUGCAGCAGCCUCCAUCUUCAACACCUUUUGUUGACUACCCUGCUGGAGGCGGCGAAGUGUGCGCGGGCUGCUCGUCCCCGAUCGCCGACCGCUUCCUGCUGCGUGUCAACGAGCGCUCGUGGCAUGAGUCGUGUGUCAAGUGCACUGUGUGCAUGAGCGCGCUCACGGGGACGUGCUACUGCCGGGACCGACUGCUCUACUGCAAGCCGGACUAUGAAAAGCUUUUUGUGAGCAAGUGCAGCGCCUGCCUGCAGGUGAUCGGGCGCUCCGAGCUGAUCAUGCGCGUGCUGGGUCAGGUGUACCACCUGGGCUGCUUCAGCUGCUGCGAGUGCGAGCGCCGACUGCAGCGGGGCGACGAGUUUGUGCUGAAAGAAGGCCAGCUGCUGUGCCGCAUGGACUACGAAAAGGAGAGGGAGAUGCUCGCAGCCAUCAGUCCCACGCCCACGGAAUCGGUGAAAAGCGAAGACGAGGAUGGCGGCGGGGUCUCAGGCGGGUGCAAAGGUGGCGACGAGAGCAAGGAGCACAAGCGCUCCAAGCGGCCGCGCACCAUCUUAACCACGCAGCAACGCCGCGCGUUCAAAGCGUCCUUCGAGGUGUCAGCCAAGCCUUGCCGCAAGGUGAGAGAGACGCUGGCUGCUGAGACAGGACUUACAGUGCGGGUUGUGCAAGUGUGGUUUCAAAACCAGAGGGCCAAGAUGAAGAAGAUUGCCCGGAGACAACAGCAACAGCAACAACAGCAGCAGGAACAGGAGCAGAUGGGAGGGGCCAGGAGGGGCGCGAGUCGAGGGGGACGCCAAAGCAACGAUGACAGUGAGGACGGCUCAAGCGGUCACGGCAUGGACGGCAUGCUGGGAUACCCUUCUCUGCCUCGGCAGCAGCUACUCACCCUGGACCCCAACAUCUACGGCGGAGAACCCUUCCGACACGGGCUGACUCCGCCUCAGCUGCCCAGCGAGCAGCUUCACCCGUACGAAUCCGAGACGGUGUUUCACGACCUGGACAGCGACGGCAGUCUGAGUCACCUCGGCGACUGCCUGCUCGCAGCCGGCGAGGGCGGCCUUCUGGCUGCGAGAGUGGGGAACCCCAUCGACCGCCUCUACUCCAUGCAAAACUCCUACUUUACCUCGUGACCCUUAGAAACCGUCGCCGCCCCAAACUCCCCGCUUCCUCUUCCAACGCUCACCUCAAGAGACGCAGCUAAAACGAAGGGGAGAAAAAUAACACAACCAAACAAAAGUCGAUCCACUCGAUGGCCAAUUAUUUCCCCUCGUCCCUUCUCUGUCCAUGAUGAGAAUCGCUUUUGAAACACUGGAAAUGUGAAAGAUGUGCAGAAGCACCUCUUUUGUGGUAUUUAUGUCAUGUUGAAUGAAACACAGCACUUUUAAACAAAAGACAAAC